UGUGUUUCGCGGGCUUUGUUAUGCGCAUGGAGGACAACCGGCUCCCCAAGCGCAUACUGUUAGGAGCGAUGGUGGGGAGCGUGGGAUACCGGGGCGGGCGGGAGAGCGACUGGGUGUCUCGUCUAGGAGAGGACCUCGUGGCCUUCAACAUGGGAGACGAAAAGGAAGGUGGUAAAUGGAAAGAAAGCGCCAAGGACCCGGAGGUGUGGUACAACAAGGUCGAGAACGGGGCGGCAUGGCUCAUGGGGAAUGGCACAGGCAGGAGGCGGAAGCGUCCACGAAGCGCCAGCGCGCGAGGGAGGCAGAAGCAGAGAGUACGGCCAUCUCAGGACCGAAGAGAAAGAGAGCCGGGGAAGCGGCGGUGGGGGGGAAGAAACGGCGACCGGGCGCUGCUGUAG